AUGUCCUACCAAUAUCCACCCAACCAACAAUUUCCCCCUGCGCAGGGGUACACCGGAUAUCAACAGAACGGGCCUCAGCCUAGUUACGGCCCUCCCCAACCGAAUCAACAUGGCUGGCCACCGCCAGGCCAAUACCAACCUCCGCCAGGCCCUCCCGGACACGUCGGGUCUCACAACCCAGCGUACGGCGCACAAUCCCAAUACCCACAAGCUGGCCCCGGAUACCACUCUCCUGGUGGUUAUGGACCUCCUGGGCCAGGAUAUCAUCAACCGAACCAACCGAACCUUGGAUAUAACGCCCAAGGCCCGUUCCCGCCACAACCGCACUCGCCUCAACCUCCGCAACACCCUCAGCACUUCCAACCCCCUCCGCAGGGACCUCCACAAGGUUACGGACAAAGUUAUGGCCCUCCUCCUCCGCCCGCCCCGUCGAUGCCCUCAUUGGGCUAUGCUCCGGGACAGAUAGCCACCGGCGAUUUCCGCCGUGACGCCGACACGCUUCGAAAAGCCAUGAAGGGUUUCGGAACGGAUGAGAAGACCCUCAUCCAGGUUCUGGCCAGGCUCGACCCGCUCCAGAUCGCCGCCGUCCGCGCAACAUACUCCUCACACCUCCGCCGCGACCUCUACAGCGACGUCAAAUCGGAAACAAGCAGCUAUUUCCGCCAGGGUCUCCUUGCUAUCAUCGAUGGACCGCUUAUGCACGAUACCGCAUUGGCUCGCGAGGCUGUCCAGGGCAUAGGCACUAAGGAGUGGCUUCUUAAUGAUGUUCUGUUAGGCCGAUCAAAUGCGGAUCUAAACGCUAUCAAGGUUUCCUACGAACGGACAUACCGCCGCUCUCUCGAACGCGACGUCGAAGGCGACCUCUCCUUCAAGACAAAGAACCUCUUCGCCCACGUUCUACGCGCCGCGCGCCACGAAGAAACUGCCUAUAUCGACCAACGCACUAUCGAAUCCGAAGCCCAGAACAUCCACGGCGCAACAGCCGCCCGAAUGGUCAACAACGCCGACGAAGUCUGCGCAAUCUUCGCCCGUAGCUCCAACAGGGAACUCCAAGCCCUGAACCAAGCUUUCUCCGCGCGCUACCACACCUCUCUCGAAGCCCAUCUCGAAAAGGAAUUCUCAGGACACAUGAAGGAUGCACUGCUGCAUAUGCUCCGGACAGCGUUGGAUUCUGCGAUGCGCGACGCCGUGCUCCUGGAAGAAUGCAUGAAGGGCAUGGGGACGAAGGAUGAGAAGCUUGUCGUCAGGGUUGUGCGUGUCCAUUGGGAUCGUCAGCAUGUGGCGAAUGUUAAGGGCGCGUAUCAGCAUAAGUACAAGCAGGAUCUUGUUAAGAGGGUUCGGGGUGAGACGAGUGGGGAUUAUCAGAGGCUGUUGGUUGCCAUGUUGGAGUGA